GAGCGAAAAUCUUAUCUGCGCUGGAGUGACGCGAUAAAAAGCGUUUAGCACUCGAGUUCGUCCGUUGCACGAGAAAACGAGAGUCACCGUCGGCGCCUAGACCGUCCUUCAACAUAUCAUUCGGGAAAAUGUCGACUGAAAAGCAGGGAUUGCCCGAGGACAACGCUCCCCCGCCGUACUCCGAGAACGACGCCUACCCUGGGCCGUCGAGCGCCAACCUGCGGCCAAACGAGCAGGUCUUCACCCCCUACCCGGCGCAGGCAGCGCCGGUUUUGCCUCCACCCGUCGGACAGAGGGUGGUCACGGUGGCCCCAAAUGGACAGCAGCAGAGUGUCCUCGUGAUCAACGCCAGAAGGCCACGUGUCAUCAUCGACGGUGACCUGCUGCCCCCAUUUCCCUUCCAGAUCGUGUGCCCGUGCUGCAGGCAGAUGGUGCAGACGAGAAUCGAGUACCGCGCCGGCUCAGCCACCCACUUAGCCGCCUUCCUCCUUUGCAUUUUCGGAUGCUGGCCGUGCUGCCUACUGCCUUAUUGCCUGACUUCGUGCCAAUUUCCAGCCCACUUCUGCCCCAACUGUCAAGCCUUCAUUGGAAUGGCGCCAAAUGUUUGAUCGGCGCUCCCCGAGCUCUACUAAAGUCGUCCCACGGAAUAUUUAUUUGAAAGCAAAAUGUGAUCACAUAUAGUAUUAAGUUUCUGGGAAACCCAAGAACGCGGUUGUAUUUCGUUUAAUUUUUUGUAAAUUUGUUCUUUUAUUAUUUUUAUUGGUUCCUUAAUGAUACAUGAUUUUUCUUGAAUUAUAUAAGAUCGAAGAAUGGCUGUACUUUAUCUCUAUGUAAUUUAUUGCUCCCAAUUAUUUUUUGCA